GCCGUCUACUUCGCUCCGCCGUGCUGCUGCGAUGGCUGGCCCGGGAUGAUUGGCAUCGGGACGCCAGUGUAGGGCGCCAUGGGCACCACGGGGUAGUGGGCAGCCAUGGGGGGGCCGCCGGGAAUGGGCGGGUGAGUCAGGCCGGGCGGCGGGGCCGGAGCGUGGCUGGAAGCCACCAUGACGGCAGGGGGAGCACCCUGCAUCACACAGACAGACAUGUGUGUGAGCGCUUGUUGGAUCUCAUGGCGCCUUCCUGGCCUCUCACAAUCUGUGUGUUUACUUGCUGCUGUCCGCCCGUCUGAGCCAUUCCUGCAACUACGCCAGGUACGCCAAACGUCUGCAUCAGAGCCACACACAUGCAGCAACACACGACGUUAUCCAUGAGAUGUCGGCGUGUGUGUUUACAUCGUACCGCUGCUGGGGGAGGUGGUGCAGGGGGAUCGAGCAAGCCCCAGGCCCGCGCCUUAUCUUCCGCUGCCAGGACCUCAUUCCACUCUGCAUCGUCCGGCUCGGUCCACCCAUCUGACGACUGAGCGGAUGGACCGACCAUCGCCGCAUCAGACGGCGGAUGUCCGCUGGGUGGCUGAGGGGAGGGCUGG